AUGGCUGGAAUCCCGAACUUUGAAUCCCUUUUCCGGCUGGACGGCAAGGUUGCAUUGAUUACUGGUGGUUCAAGAGGCAUUGGCCUUUACAUUGCUAGCGGUUUUCUGCAAGCUGGUGCAAAAGAAGUCAUCCUGACUGCGCGGAAGGAAGAUGGUCUUAAAGAAGCUGUCGCUCAGCUAAAUGCUCUACCAAAUAUCCAAGGCCGCGCUUCUUAUAUUGUUGCCAAUGUGAGCCGCAUAGAGGGCAUAGAAAAGCUCGUGGAAGAGACCAAGAGUAGGCUGAGCGAUGGAAAGCUCCACAUCCUGGUCAACAACGCCGCCGCCAGCUGGGGGGGACCUUACGAGGACUUUGACGACUGGAAAAUUGCAAAGACUUUGGACGUGAAUGUCCGCGGCGUCUUCAAUUUGACGCGGAAGAUGAUCCCUCUGCUUGCUGCUGCUGGAACCCACGAUGACCCAGCAAGAGUCCUGAUCGUGAGCUCGGUCGGCGGCAUCGCCGUUUUGCACACCGGCUCAGACGGAGCAAUCGCUUAUAGCAUCUCAAAGGCAGCAGCCCAUCAUCUGGGGAGGAAUCUGGCGAUAGAACUGGUCAACAAGAAUAUCACGACGAAUGUCAUCGCUCCGGGCUGGUAUCCCACUCGUCUUGCCAGCCCUGCCAUCGAGAAAUUUGGUGGCGAGGAAGUGGCAGCCAAUGACAAUCCGAUGAAAAGACUGGGCAAGCCAGAGGACAUGGCCGGCGUCGCCGUGUAUCUCGCUUCAAGGGCAGGCACUUAUGUCAAUGGAGAGGACAUUAGUGUCGAUGGGGGAAAGAGACUUAUGAUGGGCAGCUAUGCCUCACCUUUGUCGGAGCCAAAAGCCAAACUCUGA